AUGUCAGACGAAAGAACUUUUAUUGCUAUUAAACCAGAUGGUGUCCAAAGAGGAUUAAUCUCCUCAAUCUUAGGUAGAUUUGAAAACAGAGGUUUCAAAUUAGUUGGUAUCAAAUUAGUUCAACCAACUGAAUCAUUAUUAAGAAACCAUUAUGAUGAUUUACAAUCUAAACCAUUUUUCCCAUCCUUAUUAUCAUACAUGUUAUCAGGACCAGUUUUAGCUACUGUCUGGGAAGGUAAAGAUGUUGUUAAACAAGGUAGAGCUAUCUUAGGUGCUACCAACCCAUUACAAUCUGCUCCAGGUACCAUCAGAGGUGAUUUCGCCAUUGAUAUGGGUAGAAACGUUUGUCACGGUUCCGAUUCUGUUGAAUCUGCCAACAAAGAAAUCGAUUUAUGGUUCAAAAAAGAAGAAUUAGUUGACUACAAAGCUGCUAUGUUCUCAUGGAUCUAUGAAUAG